AUGCGUUUUAUGUCAUAUUUUCCUCUUUUCCUUAUCUGUGUUUCUCAAUACUAUUUACAAGGAGUAAAUGCAAGUAACAUUAAUGCUAAUGAAUUAAUUGAUUUUGGUGAAAGAUUAACUCAACAAAGUGAACAAUUGUUUAAAAAAACAGGACAACGUAAAAAAAGAGAUUAUUCUGGAACUUCUAGUGAUGAAUCCGGAAACAGCCGAUCAUUUGGGCCAAAUAAUGGCAAAUUUAAAGAAACACUUUAUAAACUUUAUGGAGUAGAAAAAUAA